UUGAUUAUAUAAUACUCACUGAAUUGGGUUGUGUUCAAAGUCCUUGACUUCCAAGGCAGCAGCCCUUUGUCGUCAUCUUAAUUCUUAUAUUGUUUCUUUGCAUUUGCCGAUAUAUUUUUGUUCUUUCCUCCCAAAUCUAUUUUUUCUCUUCUUCCCACUUCCCUCAAAAAUUUCCAUCAAUUUUCCAGUUGUGAAUUCCUAGAGAGACAAAGAAAUGCGGUUUAAAUGUUUCAGUUGUUUUCUCUGUGAUAAAGAGCAAUCCGAGAUACAAAACGAGAAGGAGCAGAAGAAAAGGGAGUAUCCAUGGGAAAUAUACACCUUGAAGGAGUUGCUUCGUGCAACAAACAAUUUCCAUCAAGAUAAUAAGAUAGGAGAGGGUGGAUUUGGAAGUGUUUAUUGGGGUCGAACAAGUAAAGGCGUCGAGGCAAUUAUAUUCAUACAUAUAUAUAAUAUAUUUCUUUAAAACUUUGAGUAUUUUAUUCGUUUCUGGUAAACCUUAAUUAAUUUGAGCUAUGAGACAUUUGUUUGCAAUGCAUUGUAAUGAAUGGAACUUUGCAGAUCGCAGUGAAGCGGUUGAAGAUGAUGACUGCAAAGGCAGAGAUGGAGUUUGCAGUGGAAGUGGAAGUACUAGGAAGGGUGAGGCAUAAGAAUUUGUUGGGGUUGCGUGGAUUCUAUGCAGGAGGUGAAGAAAGGUUAAUUGUAUAUGAUUACAUGCCUAAUCACAGUUUGCUCAAUCAUUUGCAUGGUCAACUUGCCAAAGAUUGUUUGUUAGAUUGGCCUAGAAGAAUGAGCAUAGCAAUUGGAGCAGCUGAAGGCUUGGUGUAUUUGCACCAUGAGGCAAAUCCUCACAUCAUUCAUAGAGACAUAAAAGCAAGCAAUGUUCUUUUAGAUUCUGAAUUUGAAGCGAAGGUUGCUGAUUUUGGGUUUGCUAAGCUGAUACCAGAGGGUGUAAGCCAUCUGACAACAAGGGUUAAAGGCACCCUUGGAUAUUUGGCUCCAGAAUAUGCCAUGUGGGGGAAGGUUUCUGAGAGCUGUGAUGUUUACAGUUUUGGGAUUUUGCUUUUGGAGAUUGUGAGUGGGAAGAAGCCAAUUGAGAAACUUCAAGGCGGAGUGAAAAGGGAUAUAGUUCAGUGGGUUACACCUCAUCUUCAAAAGGCUAACUUCACUCAUAUUGUUGAUUCAAAAUUAAAGGGACGAUUUGAUUUAGAGCAGUUGAAAUCUGUAAUCAUGAUAGCUAUAAGGUGCACAGAAAGUAAUCCAGAAAAAAGGCCUAGCAUGGUAGAGGUCGUGGACUGGCUCAAGGGUGCCAUUGGAAGGAGAAAAAAAGAUAUUCCAAAUUUAGAAUAUGAUAAAUAUGAAGAAAACUAUGGAGAGAUUAGAAUAACACACUCCAACUUGAAAAUACCAAGUGAUGAUCAUAAACUUAGAAUAAGAUAA